AUGCAUAAUCCUUACACCCUGAAGGAUGUUGAUGGUUUAAAAAUUCAUUUACUUCAUCAACAAAAUUCUCCAUCAUUGAUUCACGAUCCAAUUCCGCUUCUGCAUGAUUACGUGUACGAUUCUGUAAAUACUAAGGAUUUUGAAAGAAUGGAACAAGGUUGUCAACAUGAUACUUUGAAUUCUCUGGUCGUUAAGGUUUUGCCAUUAUUCAAUGGCGAAGGAUUGAUGUGCAAUGAAAAUUUAAAUGAUCUGAUAAUACGUUACGUGAACGAUCGACAAUUACAUUCACUUUAUGAAGAUAUAAAUGAACUUUUGGAAUCUGAAAUGUUUACACUUAAUGGGAAUUAUGUAUGA